CAAGCAAAUAGUCUGCGCAAAGGGCGACGCGUCGUCAGGGCAGGAAGAUAGCGUCCCAUUUUGUUUUACGAAUAUUUGCUAGCUAGAAUGGUUUAGCUUACAUUGUCAAAUAAGGAUUAUUUCUGCAAUUUUAUAUCAUACUUCUGUGUCGACCACAGCAGGGAAACCACGAAAGAUGGGGGAUUUUGAGAGCGGUGCUCUUGGCCGGGUAACGGUGUACUCUAUCCAGGGCUGCCCACAUUGUGUACAGGCUAAAGCUACCCUCAGAUCCUUGGGAGUACCAGUGUUUGAUGUGGAUGUUGGCAUUCAUUCAGAGCUAAUGGUAAAACUGAAGGAGUUGACAGGACGCUGCACCGUACCUCAAAUCUUCUUCAAUACUGUCCAUGUUGGGGGUAACGAAGAUCUCCAAAAACUGGCUCCAGAGGAGCUUCAGAGACUGGUGACUCUGGUCAAAGAAGAGCCUCUUUCAGCAGAUGCUCCUCCAUUACCAGAAAAUAAUCCAUUUGAAGUUCCAGGUGGGGAGAUUGAUAGAGAACUCAAAUGUGAGCGAGAUGAGUUUGCAGACUUGGUAGAGGACCUCAAGCAUGCUGGUGUGAUUGGCACUCAGAGGAGGGGACUGACUGUUUACAAAAAGAGCUUCUCAGGCAUUCAACUGGUUGACUGGCUGCAAAAAGGGAAGGGCAUGGACAGGGCUGAGGCCUGUAAUACUGGCCAGGCUCUGCUGCAGAGGAAGUACAUGGUCAGUGUGCGAGGGAGUGCACAGAAGGAUGGGUGUUUUGGAGAAGGAAAAGAAACCAUGGACACGCUGUACAGGCUGCUGGAAGAUGACUUUCAUUUACCCCUGAAUGGAGGACAGACUGCCACCUGUAGUCCAAUACAGGCUGCUGAGCUUUCGUUGCUUUUACGAGAGAUGAUUCUGAAAUUGUUCUCAGAGCAUCUCUCUGCUGAUGGCAAGUCUGUGGAUUACAAAGGGAUGUCUGUUGACCCGGCAUUUGAACGUUAUUGUGAGCUGGCCAUUCAGCUCCAGAGGGUGGAGCUGCUGUCGCUCAGCCGAGAGGAGAAGCUGGCCUUUUUCAUCAACAUCUACAACGCCUUAGUCAUUCAUGGGUACAUGCGCCUGGGGGCCCCUACCAACAUGUGGCAGAGAUACAAAUUUUUCAACUAUGUAAGCUACCUUAUUGGAGGCGAAGUCUUUACAUUACAAGACAUUGAAAAUGGCGUCCUUCGAGGGAACAGAAAGGGAAUUGCUCAGCUCCGAAAGCCCUUUUCAAAAACAGAUCCUCGGCUGCAGGUGGCACUUCCAGAUGCUGAGCCCCUCAUUCACUUUGCUUUGAACUGUGGUGCAAGGGGCUGUCCUCCGAUUAAAACAUAUACACCCCAGGGUAUAGACAGCCAGCUCCUCACUGCGGCUGAGGCCUUCCUGGAGAACGAUGAUGCCUGUAUUGUUGAUUCUGGCAAAAACGAAGUGCAUCUCAGUCAGAUAUUUAAGUGGUAUAAGGCUGACUUUGGAGGCACAGAUGAAAAGCUGUUGAAGUGGGUGCUGGAUCAUAUGAGUGACUCUCCAAAGAAGACCAGCCUGCAGGAUGUUCUUUCUGCCGGGAAAACUAAAGUCAGCUUCCUCCCUUAUGACUGGAGCUCCAACAGCGCCCACUGAGUGUCCCAACUCAGUGUCCCAAGGUUUUAUGGAUUAUCUAUUUUUCUACUCGGCUACAUGUGCUUGAAUCCACAGGACUGGGCAUGGGAGUUGGCACCAAAAUAAGACAUAAAGAUUUAAGCUGUAAGAAGGGUACAUUUGCACUGUACAUCUGAAGCAUAUCUAUAUUGUAGCCCUAUUCGUAGUUUAAGGUGUAACCGAUAGUUCAGACCCUUAAUUAUAGUCAUAUAAUUAUAUGCAGCACAUUAGGUUGUGUGGGCUAACACAAAAUUUGCACACUAAACACUUUGUACUUUAGCAGGUUCCAUUAUUAGGUCAAACAACGCAUUAGACAUGUUAUUUUAACAACUGACAUCCUUAUAGAACAAGUGUUACCUGUCUGCAUCAGCAACUCAGGAGUAUAAUAUUACAAAUAUGCUGAGUCCAGUUUAACGCUGUCCGAAAUCAUGUGGCUCAUUGAUUUAAUGGAAGAUGCUGCCUUGACAAGCCAUAUCUAACUAGUCUUUAUACUUGCAGAGGUAAUGUUUUGAGUGUAGCAGGUUUAAAUUCCUUACACCUUGUUCUGCAUUUUAAUGCUAGAUAUCAAAAAAUUUUAAAAAAAGUAAAUACUUUUGCCUUUUUUACUGUGUGCUUACUGAACAUUGAGUCUAAUGUCUACUGCAAAGAGUUAAUACAAUGGACACUAGUAAAACCAUAGACUGUAUUUUUAGUCUUGGUUUAAACAACAUACUUUACAAACUUAGCUCAGAUGCAGCUGUCAGAUUUUUGAUCCGUUGACUGACUUAAGGUUUGCAGCAAAAUGUUUUUUUUACACACCUUUCCAAAGGUAAUGCUGCAUUUAAUCUUUUAUCUAAAGUCGGAAUUUCUAAUUUCAAUGUAAAAAAAACAAACAAGAAGAAAGCCUAUGGAGGAAUGUCAGAGUUCAAUUUACAAAAUGGCUGCCACGUGCCUCAACCAUUGUCUAAGUUGCAGGAAUCUCCUUUUAUCGGUUGAAUGCUCACAAUGGAUGUUAGGAGCUUGUGUUGCUCAUAGGUGUUAGCAUCUUAACAAUUAGCAAAUCCCUCUUUACUGGACUCUCUGACUUGCAGCUAGAACACAGUCAACUCUUCCCAGAACCGAGUUCCGACUUAAGAGUCAAGUCGAACGCAGCAUAAUCUUCCUCUUCUUUUCCUCGUCUUCAUACACGCCUUAAUGAGUGACCUUAUCCUUGAUCCAGGUCUUCCUUUGAAAAUUGUGAAAGAGCUACAACUUUGUUUUUUUUUUUACAAUAGUGACUAAACUAUUCCUGCUUGGAAUGCACUCUGACACUUUGCAUGUUGAUUGCUACCUUUCUAUGCGGUAGAGAUAAGUUUACUAUUUUUCCAUUGAUUCAGUGUUGUCCUGCAUGAGAACAUUUAGCUGUUUUAGCUUUUUUUCCAGUAGAUUUUUCUGAAAAUGUUUAAUUUAUUGUGUUCAUUUUUUAUUUAUUUUCAGUGAUUUGAGUUGUUAAAUUAUUUAUUUUACAAAAUUGCAUCAAGAUUUAAUAUAAGGGUUUUCUUUCCUAUUGUUUAUCAUUCAUUUUGUGUCAUAAUAAAUUUUUCAAUAGGUUACAUUUACA